AUGACAACCUCGGAAGGGGUCCAGGUUAAACGCAAGCAAUCCUCUCUUGCAAAAGCAAGCAUAGACAACGCGAGCACUUCCAGCUUACCUACUUCGCUCACAAAACGCCCGAGAUCCGAUUCAGUCGACAGCAGAACAUCGUCUUGGUUUCAACGACUUUAUCCCUCCAAUUCAUCAGCUACCAACCUUACCAAUGUCCAUGCGCCAUCCAAUGACAACAACAAUGGGACGAUGACUGAAAGCCAAAGCGAUAGCAACCAAGGCAAACAAACGCACAACACAACCACAACGACAACAGCACCAACAACAGCAGCAGCAGCAGGGAAUGGAGAUGAUGAUGAUAGCGGCAGCGAUAGUGGCUCAACGAAUAAGAAUGGUCAACAGCCAUCGAGUGGAAUAUGGUCUUGGUUUGGAUAUUCUAAUGCAUCUACGGAGGGCAAGUUACAAGAUGUGCCAUCCUCCAAGGAAGACAAACAAAGCAUUGAUGCUGAAGAAGUGAAACAAGAACCUGUACCUGUCAAGAGUGCUUCAUGGCGAUCUUUCUUUUGGACAACCUCUGAUCAACGAGAUAGCGUUGUUAUUGAAAAGAAUGGUGCAGAAGGAGAAGCAACAUCACCAUCAUCAUCAUCGUCACCAUCACCGCCUUCUCCAAAGACAAAACCACAAAGUCGUCCUAUCAAAAAGAACAUGGUGCUUCCAUCAGUGCAUCCAACAUCGACGGAGGAAAAACAACUACAACAAAAUGAUGACAGCGCAUCUUCAUCAUCCAUUGUCAAUAAGGCGUUGCGGGCUAUCAAUGCUAUGUUUUCUCAAUACCCUUCCUCGUCAUCAUCAUCGCAUUCACGUGUCAAUCCUCGAUUUGCCAAAUUUGUGCAGGCGAUGCAAUCUCAUCCCGAAGAUAUCGCUGGCAAAAAGUUUGUCAUUAUUGGUGUCCAUGGAUGGUUUCCAACCAAGUUAGUACGCAGCGUGAUUGGGGAACCUACAGGAACAAGCAUCAAGUUUUGUGAACAGAUGGUGGCUGGCAUGAGACACUACUUUAAAGAUACGCAUGGAUUGACAAUACCCCAUCACGCUAUUACCAGUAUUCCCCUGGAGGGAGAAGGCAAAGUGGCCGAACGAGUCGACAUGUUGUAUCAAAACCUUGUCAGCAAUCCAGCUUGGGUCAACGCUUUAGCAUCAGCCGAUAUCAUCUUUUGGGCAACCCAUUCGCAAGGAACCCCUGUCUCUGCUAUCUUAUUGCAUCAAUUGCUUGAACAAGGCAUGAUUCAUCAACCAGUAUGCUUUCUCGCCAUGGCAGGUAUUUCACAUGGCCCAUUUCCUUCUCUAAAGGGUAACAUGAUUGUCAAGUACUUUGAAGCGGAUGCAGCAAGGGAGCUAUUUGAAUUCAUGGACUCUUCCAGCACCGUAUCCCAACGCUAUCGUGAAUCCCUUGCUUAUUUGCUACGACACGGCGUCAAGACUGUGCUCAUUGGAUCGAUGCAAGAUCAAGUUGUUCCACUGUAUUCAGCUAUCAUGGCAGGCGCUUCACAUCCCAAUAUCCUUCGAGCCAUGUACAUCGAUGGUCACGUGUACUCUGAAGACGACUUCCUUAUCAAUCUCAUUUUAUUUGCACUUCGACUACGCAAUGCUGGAUUAUCCGACCAUGGAUUGUUAACCCAUUUGAGCGAGGUGUUGGCAGGCGAUUUAUAUUCAUGGGAAGGUGGCCAUUCAACCGUAUAUGAAGAAGUGGGCGUGUUUACCAUUGCUGUGCAGUACAUGUUUGAAAGCCUGGAUCAUGAGAAUGCCAACGCCAAAAAGAAUAUCAAAAAGGACGAUGAUACAGUAUUGCUUGAUCCCUUUGAAGCCAAACUACGUCUCAAUCCCUUUUACCUCCCAUGGGCAAUGCGUGGUAUCUGUGACGACGCCAAAGUUCUUGGUGAUGCCAUCUUUAGUCGAGAACUCGAAAAGUUGCGUACUCUGUUUGAGCGAUGGAAACCUUCAAGUUCCAAGUUGCGCGAGGUCAAAUUCCGUCUCGAACCACUCAAGGCACGCUUAUAA